AUGCAAGUACAUCAGCGAGCCAAGUUCCACCAAGGCCAAGGAAGCCACACACUCUUUGAUGAUGAAGAGGAGGAGCCGCAAGCUCGAUCGAGCUGCAUGGAUGUGGUCGAAUGGAGUGCUCCUGAUGGUCGCUUGCCCUCUCCAGACCACGACCUUCCUUCACAGUUCUUUGGGGGCACUAAG